AAACGCGAGUGAAGUAAUGUCCGCUGUUGUGAACGCGUUCUUGCGGUGCGUCGCGUUCCUGCUGCCGCCCUCUUGGCUUCAGUUUUGCUGGUGGGUUGGGGAGGCGUCAUGGCCCAAUCCCAGAGCGCGCUUCAAACGCACAAAGCCUCUUACAUAUGAGGAAGUAGCAGCUCAAGACUACCCCGAGCUCGAGCCCGUCCCCUCUGACAGCCCCGCGUCCGAUCGUUCUCCGUGGCGCAGAUUCUGGACGCUGUGGUGGUCCGCCGCGGAGAGCGUCCUCACGGCUCCCUUCGCUCUUCGCAAAAGCUUGGGAAGUUUGUUUCCGCCUUGCGGCGUCGCUCUCGACUCUCAGUGGAGCGCAGAGACUACCGGAGCCGCGGAAGAGGACGCGUUCACGGCCGCUAUCAUGAGCGUCACCGCCGAGCAGCAAGCGACGUCCGUGGACACGCACCUGCGGGAGAUGAGCGCGCCGGUGACGAUCACCGUGGCGAUUCAAGCCGCGGAGGACGAAGAACCGGACGAGGAACCUUCGGCCAACACCAUCGAGCUGCACACGGGCAGCGGCAGCGACGACGAGAUCGAACGACACGACAAGUCCAGUGGUGCCGGUACCAGUGGCGGAGAACUUGAAGAAGAGAGCUGGCAACCUCCUGAUCCAGAGCUGAUCCAGAAACUGGUAGCGCAGAUUGAAUAUUACCUGUCUGAUGAGAACCUGGAGCAUGAUGCCUUCCUGCUCAAACAUGUCCGCCGCAACAAGCUCGGCUUCGUCAGCGUAAAGCUGCUCACCUCUUUUAAAAAGGUGAAGCACUUGACGCGGGACUGGAGAACCACAGCGUACGCCCUGCAGCACUCAAACCUGCUGGAACUGAACGAAGAGGGCCGUAAGGUGCGUCGCAAAGGAACGGUCCCGGUUUUCCCAAGCGAGUCUUUGCCGAGUCGCAUGUUGUUACUCAGCGAGCUGAAGUGUUGGCCGGAGCUGGGCUUGGCCCUCGGAGGGGAAGGCAGCAACGGAGGCAUUGGAACGGGUCCGACGCAACAGGAGCGGCUGAUGGAGCUUCUUCUGAAGGCCUUUGGAAAUUACGGCACGAUCGCCUCCGUGCGGGUCCUCAAACCUGGCAAAGACCUGCCGGCAGAUCUGAAGAAACUCAGCGGACGCUACGCUCAGCUGGGCACGGAGGAGUGUGCCAUUGUGGAGUUCGAAGAGGUGGAGGCUGCCAUGAAAGCCCACGAGGCGGUCGGGGGACAAGGGGGAGGCAGGGGGGCGUUGGGCCUUAAAGUAGUUCUGAUCGGUACCAAGCCACCCAAGAAAAAGGUACUGAAAGACCGGCCGCGAGAAGAUGCCGCAGGCGGCAUGCGGAAGAGCCGCUCUCUGAACAGCCGUGUACGGGAGCUGCAGUAUCACGGCGACGACUCUGCUGCGAGUUCUUCAGAAACAGAAAGCAAUCCCACGUCUCCGCGCUUGGCCCGCAAGUCUCGGUCCUGCAACAAGCUCAGCCCCACCAGCGCAGGACCCAACCACCUCAGCCCGGUCGUCUCCCCGCGCUCCAGCCCCUGGAGCAGCCCACGGGCCAGCCCCAGCACCCAGCGCAAGACCCACCACUCCGGCAAGUCGCUUCUGGUCAGCGAGGGCAGGUUGAGUCCUGAACCGGGACGCCGUUGGGCAGACUAUUCUUCAGACAGCAGCCUGACGCCCUCGGGCAGCCCCUGGGUCCAGCGCAGGAAGCAGGUGGCCAGUCAGGAGAGCAGUCCCGUUGGGAGUCCCAUGCUUGGCCGAAAGAUCCAGAACGCAGACGGUCUUCCACCGGGUGUGGUGCGGCUCCCCAGGGGUCCCGAUGGCACACGUGGGUUUCACUUUGGUCCCUCUGGUGGAGAUGGAGGCAAGACUGCAUUGACCCAAACCUGACUUUAAUACUCGCCUGUCCACUCUCAUCCCACAGAAGUGUUGCUCACUAGACCCUCAAACUCUUGAUGCUGUUCGAAUUGUCAUCUCUGUAGGACUGGCCUGGUUUCUAUGAUAUUUUUUGUUAACGUUUUAUACAUCUUAAUUUGACUCAUUUUGGACUUGGUGGUAUUACAAGGGAAGCUGUUUUGAAAGCAUUUAAGUUUUAAAUUGUCCCCUUACUUUUGGUGUUGCUGUGAGGAACUUUAUUGAUAGAGAAUUUCCCUGGUUCUGUUUUUUUUUUUGUGCCCAAAAACAUUACAGCGUGCGUCUGACUCUUGUGUGUAGAUGUUGUAAAUGUGUUUCUGGUUACAGGUGCGCGCGGUUCACGAUUAAGGCCUUCAGUUCUUAUCUCUGUAACGCUACAUGCUGUUCUUCUAAAGUGCGGCUAUGAUCUCUUAACCUUCAUCACUGGGCCAAAUGAUGAUCCCCAAUGAAAAUAUUAGUUUUAUUUGCUUUAAAUAAGAUUAUUUUCUGCCUUUAGACAUGUUUCUCGUUUUAGUGAUUUGGGAUCUGUUUAUUUUCCUCGAGUCGUCUUGGCUUCCUCGGAGCGCAGCUGAAGAAUGUUUGAGGUUUCUGUACUGAGCAAAAAAUGCCCUGAACUGAGGCUGUUCACAUUCUGCUUCCUAUUGUACAAAUAAAUCACUACAGUCGCAGUCAUCUGCUGUGUUGCUUAUUUGGUUAGAUGCAGUUUUCUUGUGCCUUUGGCAGGUUUGUUUCGCAUGUUAAUUUGCAUUGUCAUUUGUACUUUAAAGUCAGUGGUUCCCAAAUGGGUUUGCUUCGACACUACAUUUGGCAUCAAUUCAAUACCAAACCGUUUCUACCAAUCUCUAAACGUUGAGAUGUUAAGAUUGUGAUCUUCAAAGGCCCAACAGUAGGCGAAAAUUAAUGUUGGCUAAGUAACAAAAGUAUUUUAUGUAAAUUCAUGAACAUCAGCCUUUUCUCGAGACACACACUAGGCUGGUUUUUGAAUGAGUGUUAGCCAUAGUACAAAGUGACAUCAGUUUGUGCCAAAAUUCAUGAAUCCUGAGGAAGGGUUUUCUCCCUUUGUUGAAAUUAUCUAUGCAUUUUAUUAUGGGCAUUCAUCAUUGUAUUGCCCCGUUAUCAGAACAGCCCAGUGUCCUGUGUCAGAUCCUCAGAUGCAAAUGAAGCAUUUGAGUCAUAACAGAGGAGGUCAAAUGGCAUUAUUUUUCCUCUGUCAUGUCAAACUGAUCACUGCUGUUAGUAUGGCUUCAUGUGUGAGCGGAUUGUUUUUAAUCUCUGAAGGUAUAAACUGGUAAUUCAGCUCCAUUACCUUCAACAUCAUUUGAUUUGACUCGGUGUGAUGUAAAGCAGGGGUUUUGGCCCGCCAGCAAAAAAUAUCUGGCCCGCGCAAGCAGAGCAUGUGAGCAGAGCGCCUUUAUGAAAAUUCUGCUCCGUUCGCUCAAUCUCAGAGUCGCUCGCUCAGCCCUCUUGGUGAGUACUUUUUUUGCUGCUGGAUUAUUGUCCCAUGUCCACCGCAUGAGCCUGAAUAAUGGCACAAUAGCAACGGCAUGCGUCAACAAACGCCUCGUCCAUUUGCGGAGGUGCGCGGGCGACACGGGCUCAUUUCAGUUAAAAAAAAAAAACAUUUAUAUUUAUUUCUCUUAAGACAUCAUGUGUCACUUACCUAAUGUAACAGUUGCUUUUCUGAAAUAAAACCUGAAUAAACCUCCGGCCUCGGCCGAACAAAUGUGAUCUCCGGAGGACGCAUACAGCCUUCAAAGACGCAGCUACUUUGUCCAAGUUUAUUAAAGUACAUUCUAAAAUGCUGUAACGAUUGAGGUUUGAAGUUUUAAGACCGCAUUUCCCCUUGUUUUGGUCUGUUUUUCUUUAGAGCCCGUUUCUUUUAUUAACCCCAGUAAUAAUAACGGUGUCAUAGGGCAUUUCAUCUUUUGUGUGUUUAUUUUGAAUGUUGCACUAUGGCAGCUAUAUGUUCACGGAAAUAAAGUAACAAAAAUAAAAUAUACUUUAUCAGUUAUUAUGCAGUUAGUUUAGGCACUCUUUAAAUAAAAAAUGACACAAAAUAUUGGCUGUAAUGUCACAGAAUGUCGGACUGAAACAUAACUGCUCUUUUUCAGCCUACUAUUAAUAUUUCGCUCUAUGACUGCGCUUCGCUCAGUCGCUCACCGGUAAACCAAAUCCCACUCAGAUCCCACUCUGACAUAAAAUGUGUCUACCCAGCAAACACAGAACGUUCCUCUAACGUUAGUUUUUGGUUCCCUUUUGGUUAUUUAACGUUCCAAGAACAUUCUUUUCAGGUUUUAUUUUUGCAACCAAAAAUAACGUUCCCAGAACGUUGCAGGCUGUUUUUUUAAAUAACCAGAAAAUAACGUUCCCUGAUGGUUAUUUUUUGGUAACUUUUUUGCAACCAGAAAAUAACCAGAAAGUAAUGUUCCUUGAUGGUUAUUUAUUGGUUCUUUUUUUGCAACCAGAAAAUAACCAGAAACUAACGUUCCCUGAUGUUUUUUUUUUUUUUUCAAACCAGAAAAUAACCAGAAAACAACGUAAACUUAUAUUUUCGUGAUUUUCGACUGAUUUGACACAUCGAAAUCAACAGACCAUGAUGUAAGGACUGAAACUCAGGGCUUUUGAUUGUUAUAACUAAAGACGGAGCCGUGCUAUACUUCUGUGGUAAGACAAGAAUAUUGUUAGCCUGAAGAUAAUUAAAUGUUUAUUCUUCUGUCAAUAAAAAUCUGCUUUAAAUAUUGUGUUGAAGU